GCGGCCCACCAGCUCAAGUGCAUUUGUUCUGAGCUGAUUGUUUUAAAGGAUUUUGCCUCCAUCAACAGAAAGUUCAGGGGGUAACCUUUUGGAAUUCAGCUAGAGCUUCCUCUUUGACGAUUUGCUCACUCCUGGCUUGCACUCUCGCAUUCUCUCCCUAAGGAAGGGCAGAUACUUAAGAGGGUUCAUUUAUCCUGAGGAAUUCAGUGUAUAAAGCCUUUGCCGGCAUCUUACUGUCACUCAUGAUGUACAGCUUCAUGGGAGGUGGCCUGUUUUGUGCCAUUGUGGGGAACAUCUUGCUCGUGGUCUCCACAGCAACAGACUACUGGAUGCAGUACCGCCUGUCGGGCAGCUUUGCCCAUCAGGGUCUAUGGAGGUACUGCAUGUCUGGUAAAUGCUACAUGCAGACCGACAGCAUUGCCUACUGGAAUGCCACUCGAGCUUUCAUGAUCCUGUCCACCAUGACCUGCUUUGCUGGCAUCAUCGCAGGAAUACUCUCCUUUGCUCACUUCUCUGCUUUCGAGAGGUUCAACCGCUCAUUUGCCGCAGGGAUCAUGUUCUUUGUUUCAACUCUCUUUGUUCUGCUUGCAAUGGCCAUUUACACGGGAGUAACAGUGAACUUCCUGGGCAAGCGUUUUGGUGACUGGCGUUUCUCUUGGUCCUACAUACUGGGCUGGGUGGCACUACUCAUGAACUUCUUUGCAGGUAUAUUCUACAUGUGUGCCUACAGAAUGCAUGAGAGCAGAAGAGUGGCAGGCCCACGUUAAAGCAAACAGAAAAUUACAUGUCAAAGCAAAAAACAAAACACUGAUAUAAUAAUACCUUUUUGAAGACUAAUAAAAUCUGGGAGUUUGCAAAUUUA